CUCGUUCAAAGGAAAAGAUAAUCAAUAAAUAUUCAAUACUCCAAAUAUCUUCCAUUCUUUCUUUCUGUUUUAGUAAUUUCUCUUCCGUUUUCCUAUUUUCGAAGCCACCCCACCGCCCCUUGUUGUUUGCAUUCAUAUAUUUAUUGUCAGUAGUUGUGGGCAUGGCACUUCUUUGGGAAUCAUCGAUCCCGGCAUGAUACGAAGACGUUUCUCCAUACCAAUCUCCUCUUCCUAUAGCAUUGCUUGUUUCCAUCGUUUUCGCCAUUUUCGGGGCGAUUGUUGUAUGGCGGCUGCCUCCAAUUUUGCGCUGGGGCAAAGGGAUUUUCAGAUUAUGUCUCUCAGAAAGCUUUCUUCCAAUGCCUCCGUUCCUUCAGCCAUUGGUUUGAGCAGCCGAAGUUUUGGCAGGAAUGGGUUCAGGCUCAGGGGCUGCAGCAGCAGCAGCUCUGGACAAAAUAGCAAUGCCUUGAGGGAUAAUAAUGAUAGCUUUAGGCUUCAUCGUCGGAUUGAUACCGGGUUGCGGGAAGAUCCGGCGUGCGCACCUUGCGCCCUGGGUGUUUCUAAUGAGGUUGUUAGGGAUCAACUUAAUGCUGGAUUUUGUCCUGUUAAUGGAAGCAGUGCUUCUCGUAAAGGGUAUUUCCGGGGAGAUUCGUCCGAGAAAAUCAUGGUUGCAGUUGAUGUUGAUGAAGUUCUUGGGAACUUUGUGUCGGCUCUCAAUCAGUUUAUUGCAGCUCGGUACUCCCUCAAAUGCUCAGUUUCUGAAUACCAUGUCUAUGAAUUUUUCAAGAUAUGGAACUGCUCACGUGAUGAAGCUGAUAUUCGCGUUCAUGAAUUCUUUAAGACCCCUUACUUCAAGAAUGGCAUAUAUCCAAUUCCAGGUGCUCAAAUGGCUUUGCAAAGGUUAUCGGAAAUCUAUAACUUAUGCAUUGUCACCUCCAGACAGAAUGCAAUUAAAGAUCACACAAUUGAGUGGAUUGAGAAGCAUUAUCCAGGGCUAUUUCAGGAGAUCCAUUUUGGAAACCACUUUGCUUUAGAUGGGCAAUCUAGACGUAAAUCCGAUAUGUGCAAGUCCUUGGGAGCAAAAAUAUUGAUUGAUGAUAACCCAAGAUAUGCUACAGAGUGUGCAGAAGCCGGGAUAAAGGUUCUCCUUUUCGAUUAUGAGAAUUCAUAUCCUUGGUGCAAGGUAGAUACUAAACAUCCUCUUGUAACAAAAGUCUACAAUUGGGAAGAAGUGGAAGAUCAAUUAGCCUCAGCAGCUGUUGGCUAGGCGUUAUUUUGACGAAAUGAACAUCUAACUUUGUUGCCAAGAGGUCGAAUCAUGAAAAUGUGACAAUGGUAAAAGCAUCCGUAUCUUGGACAACUUUUCUUCUAAUGUUUGGAAGGUUGAAGCCACUGAGUUUUCGGAUCGAGCAGAAAAAAAUGAUCCGUGCCAUGGUGCUAAGUAGAAGUUCGAUUUCUCCCUGUUUUUCCAUUGAUGAAUUUGUACAGUUUAUAAAUAGGAAGUAUUUGUAGGAAUAUAUUUUUGACAGCAUUACUUAGUAGCUUUUUCCAUUCAUAUAAUUGAUUGACUACUACACGAUUGCAGAUGAGUUGAAAUUUGUGGGUGAGAUUGGUAAAUUUUGAUCAAAUUUUGAUGAAUCCGAUUGUAUUAUAGCAUGGCUGUUUCUGUUUUUACA